AUGAGACUAGGUAUGUAUGUGGGUGAAACUCUGGAGCCGAGAUUGGGUAACUACCGUUUGGAGAUGUUGAUAGAUGAACGGACUUGGGAAUUCUCCACCGAGUUACUCGAGUACUACUCUGUAGGUAGAAAGAAUUAA